UUAUCAAGUAAUACACAGCUUCACCAGCUUCAUUAGGUAAGAUUAGAAAUCAUGAGUAGGAUAAUGGGGUUCAGGUACUCAGGCCGUUAUUACAACAAAGUUUGUAAUGGCUUAGUAAUGAAAUUACACCCGUAGUGGGCUCUUACUUAAUCUCGCAAAAAAUUAUGAGACGGAGAAAAGCAAAGCCCACAGUUAUAAGGCUAUAUAAAGAGCUUAGUGCAUCUCCUUGUACCUCGGUGUAUGAUAAGAUCAGCAUAUCCUAAGACCGUGAUUCAACAUGUCCGUUCAUCCCGAUUUGAAAGUUGUUGAAAGUCAAAGACCACCGUUCCACGACGACGAAUUCAAGUUUACCCAAACCCGCAAAACCGACUGGACGCCUGGAUCAGGAGCCAACGACGACCAGUGGAAGUCACACAAGAAGCUAGAAAUCAAUCCAUAUGAGGAAGGAAGAUCUCCUAUCGAUAACUAUAAGACCACCAUCUCUGGUAUACUUCCGCGUCCAAUUGGGUUUAUUUCCACAGUUAGCAAGGACGGGGAGCACCGCAACUUGGCACCAUUUCUGUUUUUCAAUGGAGUCAAUGUUGAUCCUCCUAUCUAUACCAUUGGGAUCUCAGGUAACACCAAGGAUACUGCCAUCAACAUCUUGGAAACCAAAGAAUUGACCAUCAAUAUUAUUUCCGAGUGGUUUAUCGAAGCAGCUAAUUUCACCAGUAUCGAUGCUCCCAAGGGGAUUGACGAAUGGAAAUUGUCUGGAUUGACUCCAGCAGAGUCCACCUUUGUCAAGCCAAGCCAUGUUGCCGAGUCUGCUUUUUCAAUUGAGGCAAAAUUGAUUCACUCUCAUGACUGGAGAUCAAAGACCGAUCCUUCCAAAGUAACUGGCCAAUUGUUCAUUGUUGAGGGACUCAACUUCCACAUCAGAGAAGAUGUAAUCAACAAGGAGAAAAACGUGAUUGAUAUCAAGAAGUUGAAACCAGUCACUAGACUUGGAGGAAUAAGUUACGGUAGAAUUCUUGAGGGUUUUGAAUUACCAAGACCCGAAUAUAAAAAGGAUAUCUUAGACCACGAGGAAUACCGAAACUUGACCAAGUAGCCUGUGUUACCCAGUAUUAGAUUAUGCCUACUAUUAGAUUAUGCCUACUAUUAGAUUAUGCCUACUAUUAGAUUAUACCUAUCAUAUUAUACCUAGAUACUAAAUUAUGCCCACUAUUAGAUUAUACCUAUCAUAUUAUAUAGAUACUAAAUUAUACCUACGAUUAUGCCA